AUGAAACGACAAUUAAAAGAAGAAUCCACUAAAGGUGCAAAAAAAACAAAACGCGACGAAAUGAACAUGAAUGAAAUGAUAGAGUUGGCAAUGACUGAUCAGGUUCUUGUAUUCGGAUCCGAAUCAGCAACUCUAUCGUCCAUUAAAUUGAAUAAUGUUGAGUGUCCUCAGGAAAUUCUCUCCUUAAUUCUUGAUUAUGCAAAUGUUGAGGCAUUGCAAAACAUUAAAUUGGUUUCGAAGAGUUUUUAUGACCUUUCUGUGAUGGAUAAACGUUAUGAGAAGGCCAUGAUGGAGGAGUUUCCAUUGUAUUCUAGAAGAUUAAAGCAUUUAAAUGAGUUUAAUGGCUUGGUGAUGAAAUUGUUGAAGAGAAGAUUUGUAACAAAGAAUGAUGAUGAGAGACUUGAGAGAUUGUUUUGGUGGAUUGUUGGAAAAUCAGAAGGAAAAUGUGAUAAUGUUGAAAAGAUUAUUGUGGAUAAUUCAUUGGUUGACAUUGCUGCUAGGAUUGAAACUAAAUUCUAUAAGGUUUUGGAUCAUUUGGUUAGUAUUGGAAGAGAUAAUGAUAUGGAUGAUUUUGAAGAUGAUGGUGGAAUGUAUGCUGUGUGUAAAAUCAUCUCUGAAGGAGAAGAAUAUUACAACAAGAUUUGUGCUGACCCUGAAUCAGGAGCUGAGAGUGAGGGAUAUGAAAACUACAUGUAUCCAUUCAAUCGAACAACUUACAUUCCAGAGGAUUAUUCUGAAUCUGAACUUGAAGAAGUCUAUGAAGCAUUAGCUUCUGGUUAUAAAGCAUUCAAAGAAUUGAAUUUGUAA